UUGAAAGGCCAGUUGUAUACUCUUUCAAUGAUUUAAGAGCCUUCACCAACAACUUCAGUGCAGAUAACUUGAUUGGAUUAACUCAAUUUGGUAGACUUUACCGUGGGAAGAUUGAGAAAGGAAAGGAAGCUCGAUUUGUUACAGUAAAGACGUGGGAUGAGAGAUCAGACCGUUUCUUGUACCCUCCAAAUAAGACUUUGAUGCUCAGGGAAGAAGCGAUGCUUUUAACUCAUCCAAGCAUGAGGGGUCACCCAAACUUAGUCAAAUUGGUUGGUGGUUGCCGCCAAAAAGAGAUGAAGGCUGCUGUUUAUGAUCUGAAUCCCCUGGAUACUCUGCAUAACUAUAUGCAAAGGGGUACCUUCAUUAUGAUUUUUCUUGGAUCCAAAGAAUUAAGGUGGCACUUGCAUUUGCCCAUCUUCUGAUGUUUCUACAUUGUCGAGAUGAGCCUUAUGUGCUCCACAAUAUCGAUACACGUCAUAUAAUGCUUGAUCAGGACUGUAAUCCCAUUCUGUUUGACUUUGGACUGAUAAGUGGAGGAAUUAUUGGUAAGAUGAGCUUUGUAAAAGACCGCGCAUUCAUGACUCCUUGCUAUGGUGAUGUACAUUCGUUUAAAAUAGGUGGAGCUGCUGGAAAGCCAAGUGUGGGGAAUGAUGUGUUUUCAUAUGCUGUGGUUCUCCUGGAGCUGAUAUCUAAAAGAAUUACUACUGAAGAGGAGGGGUGCAGUGAUGAUGCUCAAUUCACAGAUAACUGGGCUCUGAAAGAAUAUAAGCCUGGAUAUUCUCUUGUGCCCCAGAGCUUGCAGAAUCAGUCCGGCUAUGGUGCUAGUGAUGGACUGACUAUAACAGAGUUGGCAAUGCAGUGUAUAAAAUAUUACCCCAGUGAGCGACCGUCAAUGGAAAGGGUAGUUGAGUGUCUAGAAAAUUUGUCAGUUGUCAAAACCCACGGUGGAGAAAUGCUAUUGCAUGGAUUGUAGUAUGUGAUUUGCUGGGAAUUCCUUCUGUAUUGGCCUAUUAGAUGAGCUAAGAAUUCCUGUUACUUCCGUGC